AUGUCUCGCUACGAAGCUGCUCAUCUGAAGCCCGCCGGCCCCGGCGAUGCUCGCCCCACAGCCCUCCAGAUUAUAGAGGAUGAGGGUGCCACCGGAAAGCUCAAGGGCAAGAUCAUCGUCGUCACCGGCGUGUCCGCUGGUCUCGGCAUCGAGACAGUCCGCGCCCUCGAGCGCACCGGCGCCUCAUUCUACCUCCUCGCACGAGACCUGGCCAAGGCCGAAAAGGCUCUUGCCGACUUCUUCGAUCCAGCCCGUAUGGAGCUCGUGCAAAUGGAUCUCGGGUCACUUGCCUCUGUUCGCCAGGCCGCCAACACCAUCUUGGCCAAGACGGGCAAGAUUAACAUUCUUGUGAACAACGCAGGGAUCAUGGCUGUUCCCGAUCUUCGGUUCACUGAGGACGGCCACGAGUUGCAAUUCGGGACAAACCAUCUGGCUCACUUCCUUUUCUUCGAGCUGCUCAAGCCUGCCCUACUGGCCGGGGUGACCGACGACUUCCAUUCGCGAGUCGUUAACGUGGCCUCGAUGGGACACUUGAUGGGGGGCAUCAACGCCUCCGACAACUACGACUACAAAAACGGCGGGUACACGCCCUACGCAGCUUACGCGCAGUCCAAGACAGCCAACAUCUACAUGGCCAGUGAGAUUGAGCGGCGUUACGGGAGGCGCGGGCUGCACGCCACCAGCCUUCACCCAGGCGUCAUCAUGACCGAACUCGUCCGCUUCAUGACGACCGAGCAGCUGGCAGAGUAUGGAACUGAGGAGGAGCGUCUGAAGUUCAAGAGCCCCGAACAGGGCGCUGCGACUACGGUAUGGGCGGCUAUCGGCCAAGAGUGGGCCACCAAGGGAGGCAAGUACCUCCUUGACUGCUCCGUGGCCAAGGCGGCACCGGCGGAUCUACAGGGUCUUGGGCCUUACUUUGUGGCCCAUACCUACGACCCUGAGAACGAGGCUCGUCUUUGGAGGGACUCUUUGAAGCUUGUGGGAUUGGAGGAGACUCAGUAG